ACCCAGUACCGUUCUCUGCAUGCAAUCGUCAGAAAACAACACAGCAGUACGUUCAGCUGCAAAUCUCUUUAGAAACAGAUUUUCAUUUGCAAAUUAGCGUUAUCCGUAGGACUUCAUUAUGGAAAAGCAGAAGCCUAGAACAUCCUCCAAGACCAAAAGAUCAAAACCCAAACAGGAUGAAGUAGGAGGAGGUUCUACUAGAACUCGUCCAGCAUCUCAGAGUCGGAGUGAACCCAACCAAGCAGGUGACUGCACUGCAACUAAAGAAUCGAGUUCAGCAAAAACUCGCAAAGAAGGCAACGAAAAAUACAAAAUGGCCCUGCGGGAUGGAAUUCCACAUCCGAUCAAGUGUUCAAGGUUAGAAGAUGCCAUGAAGGCGUACAUCCAAGCUGCCAACACUGCAUUUGGACCUACCCGCUCAGUAGAUUGGUCCUCCGCCAUGAAAAAUUAUGGCAUGGUGGAGAAGAGAUUGGCCCAAGAAUUCAAGAAGGAGGAAGAGAUGGAUCUUGAUUCUAGUUUCAUCAGGUCACUCAGCGCUUUCAAGGAGUCCUUGAAGAGCAUGAAUGAGGCCUUCCAACAUGGCCUGUCUUGUCAGCCCUUGUCCUGGCGUCUCAAGAUACAAGAGGAAAUUGAAGAGACGUACCUGGAAAUCUUGGAGAUCGCCAAUUUGUUUGAUCUGAAUCAGAAGUUCAAAGAGCUGUACCAGGUGGUAGAGUUGCUGCCAUUGGGAGCUACCCAAGCCAUGGCCAAGUUCCACAUCGCUGAUGCCCACUUCAAGGCGUCCAUCCCUCUGAUGGAAAGAGGGGACUACAGGAAUUGCCUUCGCCAUCUUCAUGACAUCCAUCAACCCGUAGAAGAUGCGCUGUCGAUUUUUGCAAAGAGUAACGCCACCGCCCUUACUCUGGGUCUGAAAGAUGACCUCCAGAUUAUGAAGCAGGACACCCUGUAUCAUUUGUCCACUGCCGAGUCUCUGCAAGCCCGAAAGUGCGGCGAGAAGAUGUUGGCAGAGAUGCUUGAGAAUGACGAGGACUUGAACAUGGACGUUGUGUGGGACAUCGUCGACUGGUUUAAACAGGCCUCUCUGAAAGCUGCUGAGUUGGACUUGGAACAGGAGGCAGCAGCCUUGAGCUUUCUGGGCCUAGUCAACGAGAAGAUUCUGUUUUUCACAGGGAAGACCAAAGGCUACUAUAAGCGUUGUUUGGAGCUGGUGGAUGCGGCUAAACCCAAGACCUUCCUUACAGAGACCUGGUAUCAGCAGUGUGUUGCCGGAUACCGCAAGAUUCAGGAUAAAGAACGGCAGAGGGAUGAAGCUGCCAAGAGUCAGGAAAGGCAGAAGGUAUUUAUUUAUUCUUCUAGCUUAUGCCCAUUGGUGUGCUGUUCUUUAUCCUCGUUGUACACAUAUUUGAUAUUAAUGCCGGUCUCCUUUUUCACUCAGGUACUAGAAAACUUGACAGCUGAGAUCUCAGCUCUCGAAGUGGCGAACACUUCAGCUGGCGAGCUCCUCGCUCACAUCUACAAGCACCACGCACCAACUAAGGGUCGUAAGCUCACUGACGAACACCUCAAGGAGUUUUGUAAAAAUGAGGAGGAACCUGUUUAUUCAUCGGAGAAAAAGAAAGCUAAUAAAAAGAUUCUUCUGAAAGCCUGUGCUGAUUUUCAUCCUGAUAAGUUUUCUGCCACCACAGACGAGGAUGAAACGGAGGAAGAUCAAGAGGAGCGUAAAGUUCUCUCUGAAGAGAUUAUGAAAAUGUUGAUUCGUCAUCAUGAGCUGCUUAAGUUUACCUAA